AUGAAACAGUUUCUAGCGGCGCUCGGAUGGGUGAUGUGGGCGCUGAUGGCAGUACAGGUGGGUGCGAUAGACCAGCAGUCGUCUGGAGCCACUAGCAACGAUAAUGCGGUCCCUAGGACAGGGUAUAACCUGCGAGCCUCGUCUCUGCUGACGUGCAUGGAGAACUCACAGUUCCAGGCGCUGAAGUUUGAUGUGAAUUUCAACUUGGAGAAGCGUCGGGUGGACUUCAACAUCGAUGCGACGACAACGAUCACUGACAAGGUUGUGGCGCAGGUGCAGGUGACGGCGUACGGGCUGAACGUGCUCGAAAAGACUCUGGACUUCUGCUCGUUGAAUAUCCCCGCGCUGUGCGAGCUGCAUGCGGGGCGGAUCAACGUAGAGUCGCACCUGGAGAUCUCGGACGAUGAUAUUAUCAAGAAGAUACCAAAGGUGGCGUAUAUUAUCCCGGACCUGGACGCACGAGUGGUUGUAAAGGCCUUUGCGAAAGCUGACACCAGCUACGAGCAUCCAAUGGCCUGUGUGCAGGCGGUGCUGUCGAACGGCAAGACGGUGCAGACGAAGUAUGCAUCGUGGCCGAUCGCCGCGAUAGCUGGUGUGGGUGUCCUGACUUCCGGGUUUGUGUCUGUGAUCGGGCACUCAACCACUGCCGCGCACAUCGCUUCGAACUCGAUCUCUCUUUUCUCGUACUUCCAAAAUUUGGCGAUCACGUCUAUGAUGGGAGUGGCUCGUGUGCCACCCAUCGCUGCUGCGUGGUCGCAGAACUUCCAGUGGUCCAUGGGUAUUAUCAAGGUGGGAUUCAUGCAGAACAUUUUUCAGUGGUACGUCCAAGCCACGGGCGGUACUCCGGUGGUCGUCGUGGCCCACAAAGAUCUUCUUUCGGUGUCUGUUCAGCGGCGCCGCAUGAAGCGUGCUAUGGUGAGAGGUGCCAACUUUGUUUACGAAAAGCUGACCAACUUUGUCGACCAAAUGCGGACCGAGCCUGUGAAGCAGGUGACUGUCUCGACAUCUUCGGACGUGAACUUUGACAACACUCUUAAGGAUUCCACGAUCUAUAUGUCCGAUGAGCGUGAUACUGAAAGCUUCUUCAACAAGAUUCUGGUGCUCCAUGGUAUCCAGCGUGUGGCCUUCAAGGCUGGAAUCGAACUUUCGAAUGUGUUUCUGACGGGAAUAUGCUUUUUCCUAUUUUUCGUUGUGGUAGUGGUUAUUUCGCUGGCAGCAUUCAAAGCAAUAGUGGAGCUUUUAACCAGGUUCCGGAUGUUUAGAGAGUCAACCAAGUUUGUGGAAUACAGAAGAUGCUGGGCUCAUAUUAUCAAAGGUACGCUGUUCCGUAUAGCGAUCAUCGCGUUCCCCCAGGUGUCGCUGCUGUCUAUAUGGGAGUUCACGCAAGCGGACUCUCCUGCUCUGGUUGUUGACGCGGUUGUGAUUCUGUUGGUCGUCGGUGGCGUUUUGUUCUACGGAGCCUCCCGUGUUAUUCUUCGCGGGAGAGAGUCCACCAGGUUGUACAAAACGCCCGCCUAUCUUCUAUACGGCGACUUCAAAUUCUUGAACAGAUUCGGUUUCCUGUAUGUGCAGUUCAAGGCGAGUUCAUACUGGUGGUUGAUACCACUGCUGGGGUAUUACGUUCUACGCUCUCUCUUUGUCGCAGUCUUACAGGACUUUGGCAAGGCACAGGUGGUCGUGGUGUUUGCGGUGGAACUAGUUUACUUUGUUGCCCUCUGUAUCGUCAGGCCAUACUUGGACAAGCGCACAAACAGCUUCAACAUCGCGAUCCAUUUCAUCAACCUGCUGAAUGCCUUCUUUUUCCUCUUCUUCUCCAACAUCUUCCGGCAGCCUCAGGUGGUGUCCAGUGUCUUGUCGGUGGUGAUGUUUGCGGUGAACGCUCUCUUCGCCCUCUUCCUGUUGGUAUUUACUAUCGUCACAUGCUUGUUGGCGCUACUACACCGUAACCCCGAUGCACGCUACGAGCCGAUGAAGGAUGACCGUGUGUCCUUCAUUCCAAAGAUCUCUGGCAAGGGCCAGUCUGAAAAGGAACUGGUUGACCUUAGCAAGGCAGUGAUGAUCAGCAAUGAAACUGAUGCCGAGAAGCACGCGCGGGGUAACGCCCUAGCUCGCCAGGGCGACGGAAACCGUCGGGUUGUCUUCGACGAUGGGUUAGACGACGUUGUCCCAGGGAGCCGGCAAGUUGAGAUACAGCCAGUGCAGCCGCGGUCGGCCAUGGGUGGUCCAGAUGUUUUCCGCCCAGGCUACCAAUCUGUACCGACUGCUCCAAGUACCGGCUCCGACAGUCGUUCCUCUGGCAGCACGGCCUACCAAGACACUGAUAUGGCGCGCGACAACCUCUACGGCGUGCCGGGCGCAGCGCACAGCAGCGCCUCUUAUGGUCACCAGGGUGUACCGGGCCCCGCAGCCGCGCGCAACCCACACCAGUUUCACGGUACUCAAAAUGGCUACGUCCAGCAGCAGCCCCAUGGCCAGCAUGGCCCCCACCAACAGUACAGCGCGGGACGUAACUACGGCUCCGAGCCACAGUAUCUAUAA